GUCUAGAAUGUUUUGCCCAGCCCUUCUAGUCCAUAUGUACUCCGUAGAUCAGUUGAAAUCUCGUUUCGCGUCGAGCCUAGUGUCCAGGACCUCCUGCUAGCUCUGUCUGAGUAGGUUUCUGAGCAUAAAUAUUAAGUCUUGUACUUCCACCGUCGUUCAUUGACUUCACUGCACUCCACCCACUGGUUGUUGUUUUUUUAAAGUCAUUCAAUAUGGAGAAAGCAGAGCUUACCGAAACCAAGAAUGGUGAUGCCACGACGGAAGAUGUCGAAUCCAACGAGAUCUCGCGUGAGGAGACCUUGACGGGGAAGAUUGAUAUGAAAAAUAGCCGUGCAUUCAAAGGGGAUGAUUCUGAUGGCAAGGUUGACUGGAACCUCCGGAAUGCACUGGCGGCUGCUUUCCUUGCCAUGUUGUACACCGGUUCUCAGAUCAUCCUAUACUUCGUGGGAGGUGGACUGGAUUUCAUUGCUGCCGAUAUUGGCAACACCGAAUCAUCGGGAUGGCUCCCAGUCGCCAACACACUGGCCAUCGCUGCCCUGGCUCCAUUCUGCGGCUAUCUACAGGAUUUGUUCGGCAAACGGUAUAUCGCCAUGACUGGCGCCCUAUUGAUCUGCGUUGGCAUCAUUCUCAUCGCCACGGCAAAAUCCUUCGGCCCAGCCGUCACAGGCAUGGCUCUAUCAGGAGCUGGUGCUGCCAUCGGCGAACUCACGGGUUUAGCUGGAUUGGCUGAAUGCGUACCUGUUAAAUUUCGUGGCUACUCCCUGGCUGUUGUAACAGCUUUCGUCUUUCCAUUCACCCCCUAUUUGCUUUACACGGAGUUGCUUCAAAGGGAUACCAAAUUAGGAUGGCGAUGGACUGCGUGGAUCUCGCUGAUCUACAAUGGAAUCACCGGACUGGGCCUUCUCUUCACUUACUUCCCAAAUCACCACACCCGUGCUGACGGGUUGUCACGUCGUGCGAUUCUUGCUAAAAUCGACUACAUUGGAGGACUGUUGUCCAUCAUUGGACUAACCUUGACGCUUGUUGCCCUUCAGGCUGGGGGCUACUCGCAUCCCUGGACCAGUGCAUACGUUCUUUGCUGUCUCCUCAUCGGCAUCGCCCUCCUCGUUGCUUGGCUCGUUUGGGAAAUCAAGUUUGCCAAAAAUGGCAUGAUUCCUCUCGAACUAUUCCGAGGCCAGCGUGUCGUUGGUGUGGCCUACGCGAUGGCCUUUGUCGGCGGCAUGAACUUCUACUCGAUCCUUAACUUUUACCCCUUGCUUUUCAAGGCCGUCUACAUUCACGAUCCUGUGGGGGUUGGCCUUCGCUCCCUUCCAAGCGGCAUCGCCACCACGGCCGGCGCCAUCGUCUUCAACUCGCUCCUUUCUACCUUCAGUAACCACAGUCGCGAAGUUAUCAUAGUCGGCCUAAUCAUCAUGACCGCCUUCGGUGGAACGGUCUCUACCGCCACUCCCGAAAACCCCGUACGGACCGUGAUCCUCUCCACACUGACGUCUUUUGGAGUUGGCGCUGCCAUCGUCCCGACUGCCACCGUCGCGAUGCUCGCGACCCCCGAUGCUCUCAUCACGACCGCGGCCGCUCUGUCACUUUCCGUCCGCGCCGUCGGUGGUGCAAUCGGCUACUCCAUAUACUAUAACAUCUUCGUGAACAAGCUCAGUGGGUUCCUGCCGAUCCAGGUCGGCACUUACGCUGCGACGGCGGGGCUCCCACUUGCAUCACUUGAGAAAUUCGUCAUCACAUACUUGACGACCCCGGAAGACAUCAUGACCGUGGAGGGGGUGACGCCUGCGGUGGUGGAUGCGGCCGCGCUGGGAUCCCGCUGGGCUUAUUCUUUGGCGCUGCGAUAUGUCUGGUGGACUAGCAUCGCGUUCGGUUCUUGUGCAAUCGUUAUCUGCUGCUUCUUGCCAUCCACCAAGAAGUACCAGACCAACCGGGUUGCUGUCGCUUUCUAAAUCAUGGCUACGACGCCAUAGAGAAAUAUCAGUGUGGGAUUUCGGGAGGGCGGUCACUGCAUAUAUCUUAGUAAUAUAAUUAUAUUGUUCCGGGUGCACUAUAUAGCAAUCUUGACAG